GGGAACCCUCGUUUUAUUUUAUUUAUUUAUUUAUUUUUGAGAAGGAGUCUCGCUCUGUCGCCCAGGUGGAGUGCAGUGGCUGAUCUCGGCUCACUGCAACCUCCGCCUCCCGAGUUCAAGCGAUUCCCCUGCCUCAGCCUCUGGAGUAGCUGAGAUUACAGGCGCGCACCAACACGUGCAGCUAAUUUUUGUAUUUUUAGUAGAGAUGCGGUUUCCCCAUGUUGGUCACGUUGGUCUCGAACUCCUGACCUCGUGAUCCGCCCGCCUCGGCCUCCCAAAGUGCUGUGAUUACAGGUGUGAGCCACCGCGGCCGGCCGGAACCCUCAUUUAUUCUAUUUUUUUUUGAGACGGAGUCUCGCUCUGUCGCCCAGGCUGGAGUGCAGUGGCGGGAUCUCCGCUCACUGCAAGCUCCGCCUCCCGGGUUCGCGCCCUUCUCCUGCCUCAGUGGCCCGAGUAGCUGGGACUACAAGCACCCGCCACCACGCCCGGCUAAUUUUUUGUAUUUUUAGUAGGGGCGGGGUUUCACCGUGUUAGCCAGGAUGGUCUCGAUCUCCUGACCUCGGGAUCCGCCCGCCUUGGUCUCCCAAAGUGCUGGGAUUACAGGCGUGAGCCACAGCGCCGGGCCCGGAAUCCUCGUUUUAAAUAAGGGCCACGCCGGAGUUUGAUUUUGAACUGAUCGGCCAACGCCACCUGGCAGCAUACUGUACUGCUUAACUACCCUUCCAGCUUCGUCCCUCGCCAGGUCCCGCCUGGAUCCUGCGCCCCGCCCCCGUCCCCGCCCCCGUCCCCGCCCCCGUCCCCGCACGCUACGCGCCCCGCCCUCCGCGCUCAGCCGACUGGGGCCUUGUAAAGGAACCGGAACCCGGCGGGAGAGAGCCCCGGGGGCGGGGUGUAUGUGGUGCGGCACUGCGCGUGCGCGCGAGGCCUCUUGCGUCAUUUAGCCGCGCCUAGGUUUUCCGGCGCCGGCCCUAGGUCCCGGCAGCGGUGGUGACGGCGGUGCCGGAGGUUGUCCUUGGCAGGUUUUCCUCGGCGCUUUUCCAUGGAGGAGGCGGUGCGAACGGCUUCAGCCCCGAAUGCUCGCAUCUCCCACUGGACGGCGACGAAGGCGGUGGCCGUGCGAGCGCAGGACUGGGCGGCCUGUGUGGGGGUGUGAGCCGCGGUGCCCCAGGCUGCGCCGGCGAGGGGAAGCCGCGCGGCCGGCCGGCCGACUAGGGCUGGAGCUACUCGGCCAGGGUUUAAGACUUUAAAUGAGAAUAAAGGGUGGUAUUUACGAGGAAAUGAGAGUGAAUAAGUCAUCUCUAACCUCUCCCAGCCUUUUUUUCAUAAGAGAGACCAUAUUAAACUUACAUGCUCUCCCGGCUGUGAUAGACCUUCAGUUACAGAGAGAGGGAGCAGAGUGGGACCAGGUCUGAGAAUAGUGAAGCAACUCAUUCCUUUCAGGACAUUCCCUCUGAUGUCCUAUUUUCAAACUGUUUGAAGACUGCUUCAUUCUGCCUCUAGUACCAGCGGUUUCUCUGUUCUGUGAUCAAUGUGAUUCACAGGAACUCCUUAAGUAACAAACGAAAUGAGCCAGGGGCGUGGAAAAUAUGACUUCUAUAUUGGUCUGGGAUUGGCUAUGAGCUCCAGCAUUUUCAUUGGAGGAAGUUUCAUUUUGAAAAAAAAAGGCCUCCUUCGACUUGCCAGGAAAGGCUCUAUGAGAGCAGGUCAAGGUGGCCAUGCAUAUCUUAAGGAAUGGUUGUGGUGGGCUGGACUGCUGUCAAUGGGAGCUGGUGAGGUGGCCAACUUCGCUGCGUAUGCGUUUGCACCAGCCACUCUAGUGACUCCACUAGGAGCUCUCAGCGUGCUAGUAAGUGCCAUUCUUUCUUCAUACUUUCUCAAUGAAAGACUUAAUCUUCAUGGGAAAAUUGGGUGUUUGCUAAGUAUUCUAGGAUCUACAGUUAUGGUCAUUCAUGCUCCAAAGGAAGAGGAGAUUGAGACUUUAAAUGAAAUGUCUCACAAGCUAGGUGAUCCAGGUUUUGUGGUCUUUGCAACCCUUGUGGUCAUUGUGGCCUUGAUAUUAAUCUUCGUGGUGGGUCCUCGCCAUGGACAGACAAACAUUCUUGUGUACAUAACAAUCUGCUCUGUGAUCGGCGCGUUUUCAGUCUCCUGUGUGAAGGGCCUGGGCAUUGCUAUCAAGGAGCUGUUUGCAGGGAAGCCUGUGCUGCGGCAUCCCCUGGCUUGGAUUCUGCUGCUGAGCCUCAUCGUCUGUGUGAGCACACAGAUUAAUUACCUAAAUAGGGCCCUGGAUAUAUUCAACACUUCCAUUGUGACUCCAAUAUAUUAUGUAUUCUUUACAACAUCAGUUUUAACUUGUUCAGCUAUUCUUUUUAAGGAGUGGCAAGAUAUGCCUGUUGACGAUGUCAUUGGUACUUUGAGUGGCUUCUUUACAAUCAUUGUGGGGAUAUUCUUGUUGCAUGCCUUUAAAGACGUCAGCUUUAGUCUAGCAAGUCUGCCUGUGUCUUUUCGAAAAGACGAGAAAGCAAUGAAUGGCAAUCUCUCUAAUAUGUAUGAAGUUCUUAAUAAUGACGAAAGCUUAACCUGUGGAAUCGAACAACACACUGGUGAAAAUGUCUCCCGAAGAAAUGGAAAUCUGACAGCUUUUUAAGAAAGGUGUAAUUAAAGGUUAAUCUGUGAUUGUUAUGAAGUGAAUUUGAAUAUCAGAAUGUGUCUGAGAAAACAUUGGUCUCAAAUAAUGUUCUUUAAAGGCAAUCUUUUUAAAGAUUUCACUAAUUUGGAGCAAGAAAUUACUUUUCUUAUAUUUAAACAAUGGUAGCUCACUAAAAUGACCUCAGCACAUGACGAUUUCUAUUAACAUUUUAUUGUUGUAGAAGUGUUUUACAUUUUCAUCCCUUCUCCAAAAGCCGAAUGCACUAAUGACAGUUUUAAGUCUAUGAAAAUGCUUUAUUUUUUCAUUGGUGAUGAAAGUCUGAAAUGUGCAUUUAUCAUCCCCACUCCAUCAAUCCCUGACCAUGUAAGGCUUUUUUAUUUAAAAAAAACAGAGUUAUCCCAAUACAUUAUCCUGUGAUUUACCUUACCUACAAAAGUGGCUCCUGUUUGUUUGAUGAUUGGUUUUAUUUUUGAAAUAUUUAUUAAGGGAAAACUAAGUUACUGAAUGAAGGAAACUCUCUCUUACAAAACAAAAAAAGGGGCAGAAAUCACCCCAAGGAACGAUUUCUCAGGUUGAGAUGAUCACCGUGAAUCCGGCUUCCUCUGAGCAUUCAAUGGCCUUAGCACCUCAUCAAGCCAGCACAUCCUGCCUGCUGCUGCAGCCUGGCUGGGUUUAUUCUUCAGUUACCCUAAUCCCAUGAUGCCUGGAACCUUGAUUACCGUUUUACAUCAGCUCUUGUACUUUUCAGUAUAUUUUCAUAAUGAGUGAGUUAUAUUGUCAUUUAGACUUUGAACAGCUCUGGGAAAUAGAAGACUAGGGUUGUUUCUUAAAUUUAGCUCAUGUUAUAAUAAAAAGUUGAAAUGAA